GCCUCUUCCUACAUAAUGGCGACGGCAGCGACGACUAUGAAGGUCUCAUCGACUGCGAGGAAAGAGGUGAAGGCGAAGAAAACGAAGUCCUCAGUCGGUGCACCUGCCCAGCUCAAGCAAGGCAGCCGGAAGGGCAAAAAGGCGUGGAGGAAGAAUGUCGAUAUCGAGGAUGUAGAGGAGGGGAUGGAGGGCAUGCGGGCGGAAGAGAGGGUUACUGGGUCUGCGCUGCAGAAGAAGAAAGACGAGGACUUGUUCCAAGUUGAUACACACGGCGACGACAAAGUCCGCAAAUCCCUACCGAAAUACUCCAAAUCCGCGCUCACCUCCACCAAAAUCCUCUCCCAACGUUCCGCUGUGCCCGCCGUCUUCUCUCGCUCCACCACUUCCUCGUCUUCGUCCAAGCGCAAGCUGACGCACGAAGAGAAAGAGCGUCUUCUGCGCAUUGCCAAGAGGCGCCGCAAAGGACCUCUGAACAGCUAUGUCGACGAGAGUGAGGUGGGGAAGGGAAGUGCGACAAUGGAAGUGAGCGAGGCGGCGAAGAGCGGGGGAUAUGAUAUCUGGUCAUCCAACACUAGUGAGGAUGUGCCUGUGGAUGCACCGAAGAAGCAACCUGCCAAGCCACCCCCACACCCGCUCCGAUCGCAGAUACAGUUGCCCGCGGUUGAGCAGCCGCAUGUCGGCACGUCGUACAACCCGCCCGUGGACGCUCACACCGAGCUCGUCCUGUCCGCCGCGCAGAUCGAAGAGAAGCGAAUCCGGGAGGCGGAAAAGUUGAAGGAGUGGCAAGAAAAAGCUGACGCCGCACGAAAGGUUGCGAGGGAAGAGGAAGCGGAGGGUGUGCCGCCUGGGAUGACUGUUGGGGAAGGGGAGGAGGACCCAGAGGCGGGGGUGGAUGAGGUGGAAGGCAGGGUAGCACCGAAGAUGCCGAGGAGGAAGACAAAGCAGGAUCGUAAGAGAGCUGAGCGGCUACGGAAGGAGAAACAAGCCCUCGCAGAACGUGCUGCACGUAAACGUCUGCUGACCUCUGUGACUUCGGUAAAGGCGCUUCGCUCGAUGGUGAAUCGUUCCCUCUCGUUGUCUGAGAAAACUCGGGCCGAGCGUCAAAGAGCGGAUGAGGAGAAACUGAGGAAGGGGCUGGCUGGGCAGCGGAUCGGCAAGCAUAAGGUCCCGGAGGGGGAGGUGGACGUGCAGCUGGGUGAGGACCUCAGCGAAAGUUUAAGGGGGUUGAAGCCGGAAGGAAACCUGUUCCGUGAUCGUUUCCUGAGCUUACAGAAACGUGCGCUUAUUGAGCCGCGUCAGCCUGUCAUACCAAAGAGGAGGAGAACAAAGGAUAAAGAGUACGAGAAGCAUGCGUGGAAGCGGUUUGACCGGGAGCAGUUUUAAUGCUGGACCGGCCGGCUGUGUUGAUGCGCCCGUCGGGUUGUUCCUUAGCUGAUAGCUUUCUGGGUCUUUACAACGUAUACUUCCGUCAAAUCGGAUUUUACACGCAAACUGCUCGAAU